CCCUCCUCCUCCUCCUCCCCUCUUCCCCCCUUCCCUUCCAUUCGGGUCGCGUCCAGAGGCAACCAGCUGGCCCGCGCGGGUGCCGACGCCCACCGGAUCCAGCGCCGCGGGGAUCCACACGGCGAACGAUCAAAUGGCCUCUUCCCCGGCGGCGGCGGCGGCGGAGGAGGUGGCGCCUGCGCCGGCCCCGCCCGAGGCGGCGGAGGCCAAGGGGAAGGGGAAGCGGGGCGGGGUGCUGGGGCGGAUGUGGCGGGCGCUCUUCGGCGGCCGGGAGGACUUCGAGAAGCGCCUGCAGUACCUGUCCAAGGAGGAGGCCGCCGUGCACGCGCGGAUGCGCCGCCGUACGCAGUUCUCGCGCCGCGCCGUCCGCAACCUCAUCGUCCUCUCCGUCCUCGCCGAGGUGUUGGCUGUUGUAUAUGCUAUCAUGAUGACAAGAGAUGAGGAUCUAACAUGGCAAAUGAGGGCAAUUCGGGUGCUGCCAAUGUUUGUUCUUCCUGCUGUAUCCUCUCUGAUAUAUUCAACAGUUGUAAACUUCACAAGGAUGCUUGAGCGGAAAGACCAGAAGACACUUGAAAAGUUGAGGGCUGAGAGGAAAGCCAAGAUUGAUGAGCUUAAAGAGAGAACGAAUUAUUAUCUUACCCAACAGCUUAUUCAGAAAUAUGAUCUUGAUCCAGCUGCAAAGGCAGCAGCAGCUUCAGUUUUGGCAUCAAAGCUUGGGGAGGAGACUGGUUUGAAAGUUCAUGUUGGAGAAGAACCAAAGUUGGAUGCUGCAGUGGCUAGAAGCAACGAUGUUGAGAUAUUACGCUCAGAUGGUUUGAGAAACAGGAAGCAACCCAAUGCAAGUGGAAGCAGGACCGGGAGCCCCUCAGGUGCUCAUACCCCAGCACAUGGAACUGAAUCCAGUCCAACUGCUAGUGCUGGCCUGGAAACUGCACCAGCUCCAAUGGUGGUAGAACACCAUCAAGGCACAGGGGCGAGUGAUGGUGGAUGGAUUGCAAAAAUUGCUGCCUUGCUUGUGGGGGAGGACCCAUCACAGUCGUAUGCUUUGAUCUGUGGCAACUGCCAUAUGCAUAAUGGCUUGGCACGGAAGGAAGAUUACCCACACGUAACGUACUACUGCCCACAUUGUCAUGCUUUGAACACAUCAAAGCAAUCCAUGGGCCAAUACUCAGGCUCCAACUCAGGCCAGUCAACUCCAGCUGUUCCUGCUGAUGGAAUGUCCACUUCCAGUUCAGUACAGGAGGGUGAAUUGAGUAACCUGACCACAUUGCAGGAGCUGCCAAAGGAAGGGAAUGCAGAGAAGCAAGAAACAGAGGCAAGUUAAUGGUUCGUAAAACUACUAUUGUCAAUGUGUGUGGAAUUGGUUAUCUUUUUAGACGCAUGUCGUCAUGUUUCAACUGGUCAGAGCCACAGAUUUAGCACUGUUGUAAAUUGGAAAUAGUGACUGAUAUGAUCCACAGAAACUUAGCACCCAAAAAAGGAGAAAUGAGCCAUGGUCUGUACAUCCAGCAUCCUUGAGUGGAUGAAUUUUGUUGUCAAUAGAGUGUCGGUGAAGACUAUCCGCUGCGUGACAAGAUGAGGCUGAAAAGUACUGGAGGCAAGCAAGCAGUAUGUGAUGGAGGCAAGCAAGCAGGUGAGUUGCGUAGCGUUCAGACAAGAUGCUUCAUUUUCUAUUUCUACCAUAUUUAUCUGCACGCCCUUAUUCAGAGGCCAGGAACAUGGAGAAAAAUUUUGCGUUUGUCUGGACCUUCGUCUUUCCGGUGACGAUUGUAACCUUACACCUUGCAGCAUUUAAUCGGCAGGGAUUGGAUUCUUAUCAUAUCACAUCCUCCAACACCAUAGCUUUCUUA